AUGAAAACUGCAUUUACUGAUUACAUUUCUGUAUUGAAUCAAGAUAAGCCAUUUUUAAUAGAAGAAUUUUCAAUCAUUGAAGCAAAAAAUGAAGAAGGUAUUGUAUACAGAUGGAGUGCAUGGUUUUAAUACCUUCCCUUGAGUCCAACAAUAAAUGCUUAAAAAAUUGGAAUACUUGAUAGCAAUUGUUAUCAUUUAUUUAGUUCCGUGGAUAAGAAAUCCAAAAAUUUAAACUUUUUACAUUACGAUUGUUAAAAUCCUAUAGAAAUGAAAAUUCAAAAAAUAAUUAAAUUUAUAGGAAGUGAUAAAUUGUAAUAUAGUUUUGAAAUGAACAUAAAUAAUUUUGAAUAUGAAAAUUAAUGGUAUUAUUUUGAUUUCAUCUAUUUUCUAUACAACAAAAAGUUUUAGAUAAUAUUUAUAAAAAAUGAACAAAUAAUAAAGGAUGAAAUUUUGAAUAUUCUACCCUUCGAAGACUUAAGUUUACUACAAAAAAUUGGAGGUGAUUUGAUAGUUGAAGAUUCAAAAAUAAUCGAUAUUAGUAAAGGAGAUAUAUUUGCUACAUUUCCUGGAAAGAUAAUGCCAAUUUUCAGUGAUAACAAUAUUAAAAAUUUUGCCCUAGCUGCAAAUUCUUUAGCAAAAUCUCAAAAGGUAUGUAGAUGUUAAAGUAAUCCAGUAAAAACAUUAGUUGAUUCAGAUUUCUAUGAAUUAAAUACAUUAAUUUAUACUUCGAAAUUUGCUAAUUGUAAUUCUUUUAUUUUUUCUGGAUGGUUUAAGAUUAAUGAAAUAAUCAAAACAGAUUAGGAAAUGACUUUUUAAUUUAUUAAGUUGAGUUCAAAUAUGUAAAAUAGCUAGCUCUAAAAUUAAAACUUAUCUCCAUUAUAAUUAUUUUAUAAACUAUCAAAAGAUACUAAUAGAGUAGUUCUAACUACUUAUAGCUAUACUUUUCCUUCAGUUACAUUAGAUUUUACGAAUGACCCUUUUCUAAUCAACUAAGAAUUUUAUAUUAAUAAUAAUAUAUCUUUAUGGCAUCUUCUAUAUGUAAGAUUAAUUGAAGAUAAGUUAGAUAUUAUCAUAAAAUUUUAUGAAAAAUAACAAGUAUUUGAAUAUACGGCAUAAUUAGUUGUUAAAUAAUUUCAUUCAAUAUAUUAUAAGUUGUUUUUAGGUAAUUUUUUAUAAUAAACAAAUUAUCUUAACAUAAUAGGUAGAAAUCUAUACUUUUUCAACUGCAAUGAAAAUUUUUAAUAAAAAAAUUGUCAUAAAAGUUGUGGAGAAUGUGAUGGUCCUACUUAUUAAGAUUGUUUAUCAUGUUCAGAAGAAUCUAAAAGAAUAUAUAUUCCAGAAUAUAAAUAAUGCAUUUGUCCUUAUAAUAGAAUAGAUAGUGAAGAUAAGUGUAUGGAUUAUUCAGAUUUUAAUUUUAAGUUGAUAUCAAAUAUAGAAUAAAAUGAUGAUUGCAUUUAUGGAUACUUUGAACUCAACGGUAUUUGUUAUUAAUGGUAAUAUUAAUAAUAUUAUUUAAGCCCUGGAUAAAUAAAUUCAGAAACGAAAGCUUGUUUAGAAUGUUUAUUAAAUCCAAAAGAUUGGUAGAAGAAUCCUAUUUGUUAAACAGAUUUAUUCUUAAAAAAAGAUGGAAGCACAUCUGAAUUAGAUAAAAACUAUUAUCUAAAACAAUAUUUUACUUUUAAUGGAUUGGAUCUUGAAUUAUGCUCAGAAUGUGAAGAAUUGAGUUUAACAGAUGAAUAAAAUAUAAACUUAGAUUUUUUAUUAAAAGUGUAAUCAUUUAAAUAGUUUUGUAUAAAUGAAAUUCCUUCUGAUUAAUGUUAUAGAUGUAUUAAUAAUUGUUUAACUUGUGCUGUUUUAAUGACAGGUGAAGUUUGCUUAACAUGUUUUAAUGCAGGGUAAUUAUAAAAUGGUAAAUGUAUUUAUCAAACAUUGGGAAAAUAAGAGUAAAACAAUUGUUUAUCACCUAAUUACAUAACUUAUAGUAAGGAAUGUACAAGAUGUACAAUUGAUCAUUGUAUUUAUUGUUUUGAUUAUGUAUCAGAUGACUUAACAUUAUCUACACUUUAUAAAAACUUCUAAAAAUUUAGUGGUGAUGAAAAUCUAAAAGUUGGAUGUGCAAUGUGCGAAGAUGAAUACAUUUUUGAUUUUUAAAUUGGAUUAUGUUAAAAGCAAAGUUCCAAUAUAGAGUCUUGUAUUCGAAGUUAUAUUAAUCUUGAAGGUAUAGAAAAAUGCACAUUAUCUUCAAAAUAAGAUUUUACAAUCUCAAGAGAAAUUUUCAACUGCGAAAAAUUAAUAUCUAAUUGUAUUUAAUGUUUUCUUACUGUAUAAUCUGUAUUGAAAUGUAUCAUUUGUAAAGAAGGUUAUACUAGCUCAACCAUAGAAGUAAAUGGUUAAUGUAAUAUUAGCAAAAGACCAUAUUCUAUUAUUAGUAUAGAAGGAAAUAUUAAUUCUAAAGAUGUAUGGGUAUAAAGGAUACAAAGCUUUAUGGGAUCAUUUUUACCAAAUUAAUACUUUUAUUUAAUGCCUUAAUAAACUUAUUAAAUUGA